AUGCCAAUUAUGACUGGAACAAACGGACGCACCAAUGGCCACACGGCCAUCCCAUCUAGACUCUACCCGGCUGCAUCUAUCCAACUUGAGGAUUUCAAGCGAAUCUGCUCACGCACUGUCGACACCUCCACAUACCCACUGUCAGCCUCAGUGGAAAAGAACAUCCCAAUUUACGACCUUGCCGCCCUUCAGGCAAACCUUACAGGCACCACGAUCUCCCAACUCCAAGAUGAAUGGUACCACAUCCUCUCCAACGGCCCCGGCGUCUUCGUCCUACGAGACAUGUAUGAUGCAACCCGCUACAAAGCAACUCUCUUGGCCUCCAAUGCCUCCUUCAACCGCAUAAUCGCGCACGAGCGCGAAAACCACACCGCGCGCGGCGACCACUUCGCCUCCGCAGGCUCCAACGACCGCAUCUGGAACUCCUUUGGCAAACAUGGCCUCUACGACCCCUCUUCCUUCCUCGACUACUACUCCAACCCCUGGCUCGCCGCCGUCUGCAGCGCCUGGCUCGGCCCCGCCUACCGCGUCACCGCGCAAGUCAACGCCGUGCACCCGGGCGGCGCCGCGCAAGAAAGCCACCGCGACUUCCAUCCUAGGCUGGCGUCGCAAUUCCUGACGCUGCAAGGCGCGGUCGCGCACACAGACAUGCCGCUCGAGAGUGGGCCAACCCGGUUCCUGCCCUUUAGCCAGACGUAUGCGCCAGGGUAUAUGGCGUGGCGGCGGGAGGACUUCCGGGCGUUUUUCCAGGAGCACUACGUAGCGCUGCCGCUGAAGGUAGGCGAUGGGAUAUUUUUCAAUCCCGCGCUGUUCCAUGCGGCAGGGGCGAAUGUCAUGGAUGCGGCGACGGGGUUUAGGCGUGUCGCGAAUCUGCUGCAGGUGAGUAGUGCGUUUGGGAAGCCGAUGGAGAUGGUUGAUUCGCUGCCACUUGUGGCGGGGACGUGGGAUAUGCUGCUUAAGAAGUUCCAGGCGGCUGGUGGUGUGGCGGACCCUGAUCUUGAUCCGGAGUCGGCGAGUGUGCAGGCUCGUGAGGUUCGGGCUUUUGUGCAGGCUGUUGCGGAGGGUUAUCCUUUCCCGACUAAUCUGGACCGUCGACCGCCAGCGCCGAGUGGGAUGGCGCCGGAGAGUGAGCAGGAUGUCCUGCUGAAGGGCCUGCAGGAGCAUUGGACGAAGGAGCAAGUCAUGGCUACGUUGCGGCAUAUGCGAGACGAUUCACAGGCGUGA